UGUGCCAAAACCGUCGCCGUUUUAAGAUUGACUCUUCAGCUCUUCUACCGCACCACGACUAGGCGGCUUUGUACUUGAGUAAGUCGUACACGGUGGAAGUAUCUGCACGAAGAUACGGUUAUAUUAUGUAGAUGUCGCUGCGCGUUGCCCGAGGUAGGUAGCCGCGUGGGCUCUUCCAAUACCACCGACUAGUCGCCUUGUGUUCGUGGGUUGUUGUCGAUCGUGUUGUGGGUCGAACCUUUUUCUUUCGCGUUUAAUGUCGGUCCGGAGUCGGUCGGAAGAACGUUUUAUUAUUAUUAUUUUUUUUUUUUAGUGUUAGAAGGUUGUAAAAAAAAAAAUAACAAGACAAUAAUAAGAAAAAUCGUCGUAACUCGACCACGACGCCGUAUGUAUAUUAUUUAUCGUUAGCCUCGGAAGUUCGCUCAAAACUCACAGAAAUAUCGCACAAACGAUUUUGAAUCGGCCGUGCUUUUUGGAUUUUGGUCGAUAAGUGUAUUUAUUUUUCUAUGUAUAUAUUGUGUUCAGUCGGUGUUAGCAAAAUUAAAGCAGACGGCCGUCGAACGAGUUCGACCUAAUCAGCGGCUGGCCGGUAAACGGUAACUGGUGGCUGCAGCAUGACCGGAAUGUCGCCGUACGGCCUGUGGGGCCAUCCGCCGUUGCCGCCCGGCAAACGCGUGCUCGACCGUUCCGUGUCGGAAGACAGAAAGCCGCUGGGCGGGUUCAUCCGGAGGUUCUCUUCGGUCCGCCGGAACGGCAACAAGAAAGACGACAUGGCCGACACCACGUACGAGAGUUUCGACAGCCUGUUCGAGGACAACGACAUCGUGCUGAUCGGCACCGAGUACCUGGACGAGCGGCCGUCGCGGUCUUCGUCCCACGCCACCGGCAGACGGCCGUUCUCUUCGCUGUUCCGGAGCCGGUCCGAUGGCAAUCUGACCGGUCCGUCUCGUCGCGCCUCCGUGGCGUCGUCCGCCGCCGCCGCCGCCACCGCCGAAUCAAAAGGCCUAUCGAAAUACCUGAAAGUGUUGAGCGGAAGUUGGAAAAAUCUGUUGAACAUUAGCAGCAACAAAUCGCAAAAAAAUAUUCCUCAAGUGAAAAAAGUUGCUCCGCCCGCCAUUCCAGAUUUAGCUGCGUGCAGACAUUCUGGUAGCAGUUUCGGGUCUACGGGGUAUAGUAGCUCCAGUGAUGAUGCAUUCAUCGAAACAAGUACAGGAAUUAAACCGGAUGUUUACGAUGUAUCAGAAACUUAUUAUCCUAUUGGGAAUAAAUCACCAUCUUCACAAUAUAACCAUCCAGCUUUCACAUUCCCGGGAUCUUCUUUGUAUCCCCAUCCACCCGGAAACAUGAAGACAUACUAUCAUCAACUAUCGCUUCAAGAAGAUCAAGGAAUCGAUAUGACUCAGAGUCCUGGUCGUGAUAGUCCUGGUUCAUCAGGUUCUGGUUCAGGAUCUCGGUAUUCUACUGCUAGCCUAGACAGUGGUCGUGCAUCAGGUUGUAACCUACGAGGGAAUACGCAUUGGCCACCAGAACUUAACCCAUCUACUAGAGUUGAACGGCUUCUUAAUCAAGGAGUACCUGAUAAAGAUAUAUUAUAUAGUUGGCUGGUAGAUUUACACUUAGAAGAAUAUUUACCAUUGUUUUUGACUGCUGGAUACGAUAUGAGAACUAUAUCAAAAAUGACACCUGAAGAUUUAACUGCAAUUGGUGUCAAAAAGCCAAAUCAUAGAAAGAAACUCAAAGCGGAAAUUGGCUUACUAAAUAUAUCUGACGGACUUCCUGACCACAUACCUGGAUCAUUGGAUGAAUGGUUGAGGCUGUUACGUCUAGAAGAAUAUGGGUCUGCUUUAGAAGCCCAAGGAUAUUCAACUAUAGACGAUGUAACACAACUGACAUGGGAAGAUUUGGAAGAUAUUGGAAUAGUUAAGCUUGGUCAUCAAAAACGAUUGUUACUAGCAAUAAAACGAGUCAAAGAUAUUAAGGCUGGCAAAUUAUUUUCAUUACAUUCCCCGUAUCUCGUGCAGACACAAGCCUGCAUCGAAUCGCCCUUAAGCAUAGUAAGCAGCAGUUCUGGAUGUGGAACAAGCAUUACAAACAGUAGCUGCGGUACAGACAGUGUUGAACUUGAUUUGCCUCGUGUGCACGCCACGUACCACAGCUUUCAUCAGCCUUGGGAAUUAGAGAGUAGCAAACAGCUAUACUGUCAAACAGAUAUUGUUCCUAUAAAGCCCCUCAGACCUACUCCGGAUUCGAAUUGGACACUCGAAUUUCAGGAAUCGAUAAGAGGAACAAAUCGAGGAAAAUCAUUAGAAAGUCUACAUGAAAGCAAUAAUACUUCAGCAGUCGGUGGCACAAGUAGUUUUGUCGGAACUCCUCAAUGGAGAAGUCAACAAAAAAGUUUUGAAGACGGUGAUAUUACACCUACAAAUGAGACGUCAAUCCUUAAUGAAUGUGGAGGAGGUACCUUACCCCGACCAAGAGGUUUAGUAAAGCCAAGGCUGGUUGCGAAAAUUCCAGCUCUGUUUACCCAAACGAACACGAACGAGUGUUCAAGUAUGGGUACGUUGAAACGAAGACCGCCGUCGCCUCCUAAACGCCAACAAUCGUCAGAUGACAAUGGGUGUCAUCAAAUUACUACAAUGGCGGAUUUACAUUGUUCUCUACCUAUGCAAUCAAAAUGUUCUAAUAAAUGGCCUAGUGAUAUAUUAUCUCCUAAACAUAACUUAGAAGACCAUAUUGGAUCGAAUGCAAGCUUUAAGUCUAAUUCAAGUGCAGAAUCCGAUUCUAUUCCAUUUGCCAACGAGAAUGCUGGCACAAUUAAACAGAGAACUAUAAGAUCGGCAAAUGAAUUGAUGCAACCAAUGCUUGCUGAAGGAUCUCAUUCCAUGCUUUCAUCUACUAGUUAUUCAAUGCACUCGGCACCUAAUCAUUUUUCUUUAAUGCCGUCCAGUGUGAAAAAAGAACCUGCUGAUGUACUCAAUGAUAUUGGAAAUAUGUUGGCCAACCUAACCGAUGAGCUGGACGCCAUGUUAGAAGAAGAAAAGAGACAAGGUCUCAAUGACUGAAUUAUAUCUUAAAAGUUGAAACAUAAUGUAUUUGAUUUAUAAGUUACCCAAUCAAUUCUCACCGUUUUCGUAUUUGACUUUUGGAAAAGAAAAAAGGAUACUUAAAAAACCAUUUUGAUUUUUUUAGCUAUUAAUGUUCCUGUUUAUUGUGAAUUUUAAAACAAUAUGUCAUCCGUAAUUCAACCAUCCUUUUGUACGUUUCAAAGAUAUUAAUGUAAAAAAAAGGCCUUAUUAUGAUUUAUUUAUUUUUUAACCUUUAAUGAUAAUACUCAAUUUUUAUUUUGACUGGUUAUAAAUGUAACUUAGUUUCAUAACUUUUGAAAACCAAAACUUGAUCAGCCUAGCGUCAAGUCUAAAAUACUUUUAAAAGCCUUACAUUGUUUCACAACUUUUAAAUAUAGUUAAGAAAAUGUAAUUUUUUUUAAAUAGCAAGAUUAAUUUCUUUAUACACCCAAAAAAGCAAUAACUCUUACGAAAUCAAACUUGUUGCUUUUAUAUUAAUUAUAAUGUGCAAGCAAAAUAUAUCAAAACCAUUUCUAAGAUAUCUAAAAUAUAGUUCCCUACUAUUGCACGUAUGUUUAACUUAAACAUAUAUAGUGUUAAAAGCAUAUCACCUUCAUUAGUCUUCCUUUUUUAAUUUGUUUGUAACUGCAUUAUUACUUGUUUUGUAUAUUUUUUAAGAACUCUAACAAAAUUAUAAUUUUGUAAGAAAAAUAUAUAUAUAUAUUUCUAAUCAAUUAGGUAGCUAUUGUAAUUAGAACAUGUAUAACUUUUAGUUAAUUGUAUAUUUAAUAUUCUAAAUAUAUUAAUUGUGUAAAUUAUCUCUUGGUAAAAAUAAUACUGACUGAUUAGAGCCAAGAUUUAACUUGUUAACUUCUUUUCCACAAAAACAAGUGUUUUUUUUUUUAAUUAUUAAUUUCUUGAAUGUUAUUUUAUAUAAAGAUUAAUACAAAUGAUUUCUUAAGUUGAAUGACCAAAAAGCGAGUAAGCCAUUAUUUGUUAAAGUGUAAUUAUCUAUGUAACUAAUGAUGUUUGUACAUUUUCCAUUACCAAACGAGUUUUCUAUAUUUUGUAGUUAAUUCAUCUUUACACAAAUCCAGUUUGGUUAUUUAAAAGAAAAAUACAUUUAUACAUUUUAUAUAUUUAAUAACAUUUUUUUUUUUGGAUUUAAAAUCAAAUACUGUUUAUUCAAAAUUAAGUGGUAAACAUAAGGCAAGUUAUUAUAUUUUC